GGUGCCCGGCCCAGUCAGAGUCCAGAGAAAUCAAGACUUUCGGACUACGCUCUGGAAAGCCAGAGAGAGGCGGAGCGGGAGGACCCGGCGCAGAGCGGCGCCCGCGGAGCCCGACUCCGCAACGCUGCGGCCUUUUUCGCCUCGGACUACGUUUCCCAGCGGCCCCCGCGGGAGCUGGGCCGGCGGCCCCUUUGUGUCCUCCGGGAGCUGAGGGAGCUGAGGUGCUUCUUUCCUGGCCCGCUGAGGCUGGGUUCCGUCCAACUGAGGGUGGCGGGCGAGGCCCGAGUGGAGGAGAUUCCCUGAGCCUUGGGGCGCGAACGGGAUCUUCCCUCAGUUCAGUUCUGCAGUCAACUGAGGUCACUGCCAUUUCUCAAGGGAAGAACCAGGAGGAAGAAGGAAUGGCUUUUGGACUUCUCAAUGCCAUGUACCAGAAAGAAGGAAGGGAAAAAUGGUCUGGAAACAAUGUGAAGAGCAAAGAGGUCACCUGCAUCACCUCCAAAUACCAUGGCACAAGGAAUGUGGAAAAUAAGAGUCACCAGAUGACAGGGCAUCAGGGGAGUAGUCCACUCAGCCGAAAGCAUUGUUUUUCUAAGGGCAAAAAGGAGUUGGUGACAUUCAGAGAUGUGGCUGUGGACUUCUCCCAAGAGGAGUGGAACUGUCUGAAUUCCUCUCAGAGGCAUUUAUACAGUAAUGUGAUGUUGGAAAACUAUAGGAUCUUGGUGUCACUGGGUCUUUGCUUUUCUAAGCCAAGUGUGAUAUUAUUGUUGGAACAAGGAAAAGAACCGUGGAUGGUGAAGAGAGAGUUCACAAGUGGCUUGUGCUCAGGCUGGGAAUCUAUGUGUGAGACUGAAGAAUUAAUGCCAAAGCAGGAACUUUAUGAAAAACAGUCAUCCCAGAAUAUAAUAGAAAAACUUACAAGCUUUGGCCUUGAGUACUCCAGUUUGAGAGAAGAUUGGAAAUGUGAGGGCCCUUUCGAAAGACAACCAGAAAAUCAGAAGGCAUGUUUGAAGAAAGAGACAAUCCCUUAUGAAGAAGCCCUUGUUGAUGAGGGAAAAGAAGAACAUAACAAAUCUUGGGGAAGUUUCCAUCAGGACACACUGCUUCAUACACAACAAAUAAUCCCCAAAGAGGAAAAAGUGUAUAAACAUGAAACAUGCAAGAAAAGCUUAAGAAACAAUUUGGUGAGUAUUAAACCCAAGAAUGUCUAUGCAGAGAAGAAACUUUUGAAAUGUAAUGAUUGUGAAAAAGUCUUUAGCCAGAGCUCAUCCCUUACUCUUCAUCAAAGAAUUCAUACUGGAGAGAAACCCUAUAAAUGUGUGGAAUGUGGGAAAGCCUUCAGCCAGAGAUCAAACCUUGUUCAACAUCACAGGAUUCAUACUGGAGAAAAACCCUAUGAAUGUAAGGAAUGUAGAAAAGCUUUCAGUCAGAAUGCACAUCUAGUUCAACAUCUGAGAGUUCAUACUGGAGAAAAACCUUACGAAUGUAAGGUAUGUAGGAAAGCCUUCAGCCAGUUUGCCUAUCUUGCUCAACAUCAGAGAGUUCACACUGGGGAGAAACCUUAUGAAUGUAUUGAAUGUGGAAAAGCAUUUAGCAAUAGGUCAUCCAUUGCUCAACACCAGAGAGUUCAUACUGGAGAGAAACCUUAUGAAUGUAAUGUUUGUGGAAAAGCAUUUAGCCUUCGUGCAUACCUUACUGUACAUCAGAGAAUACAUACUGGAGAGAGACCUUAUGAAUGUAAGGAAUGUGGGAAAGCCUUCAGUCAGAAUUCACACCUUGCUCAACAUCAGAGAAUUCAUACAGGAGAAAAACCUUAUAAAUGCCAGGAAUGUAGGAAAGCAUUCAGCCAGAUUGCCUACCUUGCUCAACAUCAAAGAGUUCAUACUGGAGAGAAACCCUAUGAAUGUAUUAAAUGUGGGAAGGCUUUUAGCAAUGACUCAUCCCUUACUCAACAUCAGAGAGUUCAUACUGGAGAAAAACCUUAUGAAUGUAAUGUUUGCGGAAAGGCUUUUAGUUACUGUGGAUCCCUUGCCCAGCAUCAAAGAAUUCAUACUGGAGAGAGACCCUAUGAAUGUAAAGAAUGCAAGAAAACCUUCAGGCAGCAUGCACACCUUGCUCAUCAUCAGAGAAUUCACAUUGGGGAAUCCCUCUCACCACCCAAUCCAACCAAUCACCAAGUCUUAUAAAUCUAAUCUCCUAAAUAUUUCUGGAACAUUUUAUCUUCAAUGUUGUUACCUUAAGUCUAGGGUUCAUCUCACAUAGAUCAGUGUUACAGCUUUCUAAUGGGUCUUCCAGUAUUCAUUUUUGCUACCCUUAAAUCCAUUUUCCAUAAUGCACCCAAAUUGAUGUUUUAAAGUUUAAGAAUUAACAUAUUUCUAGUUAAAACGUUUUUUUUGCUAGCAAUUGUUCUUAAACUAAUAUCCACAGCCUUGUAAUUGUCAGUGAGACUCUCCAUUAUCUGGUUCUUACAUACCACACAGCCUUAUUUUAGUCCAGUCUCUUCUAGGCACUAGGUACUUCCGAGGACUGAGAACUUAGAUUUUGGAAAAUCACUACUAAUGGCAUUGUGUGACUUUGAACAACUCGUUUGACUUAUCUAAACCUCAGGAUUUUUUCUUUCAUUCUUUAAAUAGGGAUGAUAAAAGAUACUAUAUUGUAGAAAUGUGAGCAUUAAAUGAAAUUCUGUCUGUUGUAAAUUGAUGCUUAUUAAAUGAGGAAUUUGCAUGUAAAGUACUUCACAUAGUAUGUCAACUAUAGCAGAUAACCUAAUAUGUAUUGGGUGCCUAUUAUGCAUUAGGCACUGUUAUACAUAACUCAUGUUAACUCAUUCAAUCCCACACUGAAAACAAUAUUCAUUAGUGGACAAGGUAGACAGUAUCCCUGGGAAACAUCAGAUCAAAGUUGGAAAAACAUAAAAAUUUUAGAACAUAAGGGAAUCUUUGUACUCCAAGUGAAUAAUCAAUAUAGACACAGGUAGUAGAACUAUUAUAACCAGUUUUAGAAAGUUUCUAAAGAGAAUGACUUGUAUAAACACUAAAAUAAAGAAAAUUAGGAUUCACUGGAAAGAAUACAAAACUUAAAUUUAGGUCUAGGAAAUAAUAGAAAUGAUUACAAUUAAUUCUUUAAAAAAAUUCAUAGGUGCCAUUAAAAAAACACCAAACCAACUGAUUGUAUGGGUGAAUUCAGGUAAUUUUAAAAACAUAUAAAUUGUCUUAUACUACACAAAAAAAUGUAAAGUUUUUGGGCUGGGGAGAGAGCUCAGUCGGUAGAGUGCUUG